AUGUACCGAAACGAAAAGGCCUGCGGCCGCGCAAUCACAAACUCCGGCCUAGAUCGCUCCCGAAUCUUCUUUACAACCAAGAUCCCACCCGGGUCUAUGGGGUAUGAGAGGACCAAGCGCGCCAUUGAGAGUAGUCUCCGGGAGGCGGGGGUAGAGUAUUUCGAUCUAGUCUUGAUCCACGCCCCCUACGGCGGCAAGGAAGACCGUCUAGGCUCCUGGCGGGCGCUCGUUGAAGCCCAGAAAGCCGGCAAGACAAAGUCAAUCGGGGUCUCCAAUUACGGGAUCCACCACCUGAACGAGCUGGAGGAGUACAUCCAGCAAGGAGGCGGCGGGGCCAUCGACGUCGGGCAAUAUGAGAUCCAUCCGUGGUGCGCGCGCGAGGAUAUUGUGGAGUGGCUUCAGACGCGGAAUAUUGUUGUCGAGGCAUAUUCGCCUCUUGCGCAUGGGACUCGCAUGGGCGAGGCUGUGUUGAGGGAGCUAGGGAAGAAGUAUAAUAAGUCGCCUGCGCAGAUUAUGAUUCGGUGGUGUUUGCAGAGGGGUCUGGUGCCUUUGCCCAAGUCUGCGACGCCGAGUCGGAUUAGGGAGAAUGCGCAGGUGUUUGAUUUCGAGUUGGAUGAGAGGGAUAUGAAGAGGCUUUUUACGGGGGAAAAUCUUAUGGAGUCCGGAGGUCACACCGUAAUCCGGCAAGCCUCAACGGAAAAGUCCAACGUGGAGCUGAUUAACUCGCUGCGGUCAAAUUUCCAGACGGCGCAACAAUUAUCUUCGGCCGAGACGACAACGACCCCGCGGUAUCGGGCUUGGACCCGGGAGACCGAAGACGGCCUCUACAUUCCGGCGAUUGACUUUGCGCAGCGUGGGCUGGCAGAGGAGAAGGCGCAGGAGGCAAUUGAUUUAGUCUUGAAGGACCUACAUGUGGAUUCUAUUGAUCUAUUGAUUGUUUCUUUCCCCGGGAUUUUGUUCGACGCGGAGGAUGAUAGUGAAGAGGAGGUGGCGUCGGAUACCGGGAGUGAGGAGCCAGAUGACUUUGACAGCAUGAUUCGCACGUGGAGGGUGCUCGAGGAUCUCAAGGAGCAGGGUAUGAUUUCUCAGCUGGGAGUGGCGGAGUUUGGCAGUGAGAGACUCGCCCGGUUCCUGCCGCACACGAAGGUCAAGCCCUCCGUCGACCAGAUCAACCUCAAGGACUGCUGUGUCGUGCCGAAAUCGUUGAUUCUCUAUGCGAAAUCUGAGAAUAUCCAGCUCCUCACCCACAACGACUGCAUGGACAUCCUGCCCAUCGGUACCACACGGGAACUCCUUGGUCCGGGCGAAAAGGGUGCCGGCAUUCUUGCUUCCUCUCCAGAUGCGGCCGACGGUAUUCAGGGUGAUGUCGAGCCGCAGUGGGUGGUCAAGUACACGGCUGUUGUCAAGGACCGCGGCGUUGUCGAGAACAAGGGUUAUUUCGCACUCGCCGAUAUGGGAACCUGCGUCAAGGCUCGUGAAGAAUGA